AUGGGAAUAUUUGCGGUAAACAAGGAAGGAGAAGUCACAGUGAGCUUCAAGAACGACAUAAAUUUGAAUGAUUUCUUUAAGCCUGAUCAGAUAGCGGAUGCAACUGCUGAAAAAUCUACAAGUUUGAAGAGAAGGAAGGUUGGAAAUCUGAAGCUCCAAACCGCAUUCUCGUUCAAAUAUAGGCUUUCACUAGAGGGUUUGUUCAGCAAACAAAAACCAGAACAAAUGUUUUCUCCAGAGCCCUAUUCUCAGCUUGAGUUAGCAGCAAUUAAGCUUCAGAAAGUCUACAAGAGUUACAGGAUCAGAAGAAUUCUGGCUGAUUGUGCAGUUGUUUGCGAGGAGCUGUGGUGGAAGGAUUCGGUGAUUACUGCUUGCAGGUGUUCUACAUCCCAUUUUGACCCUGAUAAAUCACAAACACCUAUUUCAAAAUGGGCAAGGGCUAGGAUGAUGGCUGCUAAGGUGGGAAAAGGUUUGUCCAAAGAUGAUAAGGCACAGAAAUUCGCACUAAGACACUGGCUUGAAGCUAUUGAUCCUCGUCAUCGUUAUGGUCAUAAUCUUAAUUUCUACUAUGAAGUCUGGUUUCGUAGCCAGAGCUAUCAGCCUUUUUUCUACUGGUUGGAUGUUGGGGAUGGCAAAGAAGUGGAGCUAAAAGCAUGUCCUAGAAAGGACUUGCAGGACCAGUGCAUAAAGUACCUUGGACCUAAAGAAAGGGAAGCAUAUGAAGUGAUUGUAGAGGGAGGGAGGCUUGUUUAUAAAGAGAGCAAGAACCUUGUACACACUACCGAGGAAUCCAAGUGGAUUUUUGUUCUUAGCUUAUCUAGAGUUUUGUAUGUUGGACGAAAGAAUAAAGGCCAUUUUCAACACUCUAGUUUUCUGGCUGGUGGUGCAACCAUUGCAUCUGGAAGAUUGGUUGCUCAGCAUGGAGUUCUUCAAGCUAUAUGGCCAUACAGUGGUCACUACCGUCCAACAGAGAAAAAUUUCAAGGAAUUCAUUAGCUUCUUGGAGGAACACAGUGUGAAUAUGACAAAUGUAAAGAAAGAUGCAGUGGACGAAGAUGUUCCACCUUCUCAACCUGCCAAUGAUGAGAAGCUGGCCUUUGAAUACAUGGAUGGCAAUGCUAAUAAAAAUGGUAAAGAAAAAGCGGAAGAAGGUUCAGUACAUGAGAACAAGCCAAUGUCAAGCAAAUGGAGUACUGGAGUAGGUCCUCGGAUUGGUUGUGUGAGAGAAUAUCCAACAAAAUUCCAAGUUCAAGCACUUGAACAGCUCAAUCUUUCACCUAGAGACAACCAGGGAACAUUUGCAGACAAAGCACCAAUUCCUUCUCCCAGACCAAGAACCAAACAUCUUUCACCUAAGCUUGUGAACAUGGGACUUCCUAGCCCUAUGCUACAAGGACAUUGAAGUACAUGCUGGACAUUGCUUUAGUUUUAGCAUUGGUACAUAUUACAGUAUUAUAAAGGUCACAAAGGAGCUAACCCAACAACAUUUUUCUUUUGUUUUCAUUUGGGUUUUCAUUGGCCAGUUCAUAGAGAAUUAUU